AUGUCAUUAAGUGAUAAACAUGUUUUAUUUUGUUUAGGUGGACCAGGAGCUGGAAAAGGAACACAAUGUCAAAAAAUUAUAAAUAAAUAUCCAAUUACUCAUUUAAGUGCAGGUGAUUUGUUAAGAGCGGAGGUUAAACGGGAAGGUUCUCAAAAUGGACAAUUAAUUCAAACAUUAAUUAAAGAAGGAAAAAUCGUUCCUGCAGCAGUUACUGUUGAAUUAUUACUUAAUGCUAUUCGUAAUGAUGAACAUAAAGUUUUUAUUAUUGAUGGAUUUCCUAGAAAUGCUGAAAAUAAAGAAGCAUGGUUCUUACAAGCUAAUAAAGUUAAUAUUGAUACUGCCCUUUGUGUAUUUAUUGAUGUUUCUGAAGAGACAAUGAUUAAUAGAAUUCAUAAAAGAUCAGUUAAUAGUGGAAGAGUUGAUGACAAUGAUGAUUCAUUAAUGAAAAGAUUUAGAACUUAUAAAUCAGAAACACUUCCUGUGAUUGAAUCUUUUGAAAAUGAAAAUAAAUUACUUAGAGUUUCUGGAGAAGGUAGUGUGGAUGAUAUUUUUAACAAGAUUGAUUCUUCUUUAGCUAAAUUCUUUGAUGAUAAUCAUAUCUUGUUGUGA